AUGUUGCAUUAUCUUAAAUAUCCAAAUUAUUCAGAAAUGAAAAAAUAUUUACAGAUGAACAGAAAUGUUUUAAAAAAAUUUGACAAUUUAAACAUUACUGACUUCAUGCUCGCAGUUCUGCCUAGAUGCAAUGAUCUGUUAGAGCAAUGCCUAUGGCAUGGGAAGCAAAUGAACUGCUGUGAAGUAUUUACUUUACAACGGACGGAAGAGGGAUUCUGUUAUUCUUUCAAUUCAUUUUCAGCCGAUGACAAAAAAAUGUGCUCAUUGUACGAAAAGUAUAAUAAUGAAAACGAGGAAGAAAGAAAAUGUAUACCCCAAUACCUUACUUUUGCAGGUAUUCAUUCAGGAUUAACAAUUUUCACGAAGUCUCAAAAGGUUAAAGGCAAAUACUUUUUGCCUGAUCGAAACAUGGCCCCAGGAAUCGUUGUGAUAUUGAGCGCUGUGCACCAAUUGCCUGAAGCUGGAGGAGGUACCCUUCUUCGAACCAUACCUGGAGAAUAUGUUCAAAUAGAAGUCAGCACAUCCAUGAUAUUUAGUUCUAAAAUAAUUUCAAGGCUAAGCAAAGAAGAAAGGGGAUGUACUUUAGGCUUCGAAAAUGAUUCUUUUAUAAAAUAUUACAGUCUACGUUCCUGCAUAAUUGGAUGUAGACAUAACUUCAUAAUGCGUGUUUGUGGCUGCCAGCUUUAUUUCUUUUAUGAUCCUGAAAAGGCAACUUCUAAACCAUUGUGUAAACUAAGCCAACUUUGGUGUGUAGUAAGAUAUGCAGAAGCACUAAAAAUGAAGACUCCGUCAAAAUAUGCUUUCUCUAAACCCAGUAUAAAAGAUUUUCCAGAUUGUUCCUGCCAGACUGCUUGUGAUUCUGUUUGGUAUGAUUUAGGAAUCAAAAGAAGAAAUAUAAGUGGUGAAUGUAAUGCAACUGGCCAUUUAAACAUAUAUUAUAAAACAUAUGGAUCUAUUAAGUACUUGAGAAAGUUUACAUUUAGUAGAGAACAACUUAUAGUUAGUCUUGGAGGUGUCGGUAACUUGUUUAUUGGUGCCAGUUUCAUUAGUUUUUCAGAAAUACUGUAUUAUUUUAUUAGAAAUUUGUGUACAGUGAUUUAUUUACGAAUUUUAAAAUCAACAGAUUCUAGAAUUCAUACUAGCAUUUCUGCAUUCUCACAAGACCUCAUCAAUUAG